AUGUCUCGGCCCCAUAUGGCCAUUCUCGCGAUGGCCCAGAGCAAAGGGCGUGUCGGAGCUUUUGGUCCAGGGAGGUCAAAAGGGUCCCUCUGGGGACAGUGGGGGAGACGCGGUGAGGACACCGACUCGGGGGCACGAAAACUUGCGGUGGCCCUGAAGAUUGCCAGAACACGCGAGAAGCGCGGUGAGUCUAACUGGGAAGUCAAUUUGGGAUGGAAACGCGUAAUGAAAGGACUGGAAGAUGGCUUAAGGAAAGAGGAUCUCAAAAGUGAGAACGGUGGCUAUAUUCAGCAAAUACUGAAAUUGAAUUGGUCUGGUAUUCGACUGUCGAGUGUCGACACUGUGCCACGGUGGUAA